AUGGCACGCAAUUCCAAUGUUUUAGCUGCAGCAUUGUUAAUAAUGCUGUUUGUGGACAUUGCCGUGGGCGCUAGGCUCGGGAAAAGCAUUAAGGCCGGCGCCGGCGGCGGUGGCGGAGGCGAGGGAGGCGGAGGUGGUGGUGGGGGAGGCUCGGACCUUGGUUCGGGGUCGGGGUAUGGUUCGGGAUAUGGCUCGGGGAGUGGCUCGGGAUACGGAGGCUAUGAUGACGAGGGGGGUGAGUAUUAUGGGAAUGCCGGCGGCGGAGGCGGCGGUAGUGGCGGCGGCGGCGGAGGGGGUAGUGGAGGAGGAGGUGCUAGUGGUUCCGGGUCGGGAUAUGGGUCCGGGUACGGGUCCGGGUAUGGGUCGGGUGGAGGGGGAGGGAAAGGAGGCGGUGGAGGCGGUCAGGGUGGCGGGGGUGGCGGUGGCGGUGGCUCGGCUGGUGGGUCGGGGAGCGGGUCCGGGUACGGGAGUGGGAGUGGGAGUGGGAGUGGGUAUGGGAGUGGAGGUGGGAAGAGCGGUGGCGGAGGCGGUGGUGGAGGAGGAGGAGGCGGUGGUGGAGGUGGCGGAGGCGGGGGUGCCUCCGGGAGUGGGUCUGGGUAUGGAAGUGGAUCCGGAUCCGGGUCCGGAUCGGGACACGGACGUGGCCGUGGAGAUUGUGAUGCCGAGGGUGCGUAUCUUGCGCCGAGCUCCGGAGGAGGAGGUGGCGGCGGCGGCGGCGGUGGAGGCGGUGGAGGAGUUGCUAGUGCUCCUGCUGCCGCUCCCACAUCAGGGUCGGGAUACGGGUACGGGUCGGGAUACGGGUCCGGGUAUGGGUCCGGUGGAGGGGGAGCGAAAGCGGGAGGUGGCGGCGGAGGAGGAGGCCAAGGCGGCGGUGGUGGCUCCGGUGGCUCCGGGAGCGGUUCAGGGUACGGGAGUGGGAGCGGCUACGGGAGUGGAGAUGGGAAGAGUGGCGGAGGAGGUGGAGGCGGAGGCGGCGGUGGAGGAGGCGGAGGUGGUUCCGGGAGUGGGUCCGGGUAUGGAAGUGGAUCCGGGUGGGGAUCCGGAUCCGGGUAUGGAAGUCAAGGUUGA